CUCAGAUUUAGAUUUUUAAUCUGUUAGAAUAUCUAUGGCUAACUUUUUUAAUUAUUCUUUUUUAACAUAACGUGUGAGAGGAAGUCCCAAAUAGAACAUCAUGUGAAAAUUGCAAAACAUAUACAAAAAUGUGAUAGAAAUCGAUUGAUAACACCUAUAAGAAAGGUAUAUUUUUGCAUAUUUUUUUGCAUAUUUCGAAUAAAAAGCUUGCAUAUCUCCUAUAAUUUGACUGCAUAAAAAUCCGAGCUCUAGUUAUAAUUUGUUAUAAAUCAGUCUGUAUAUAGACGCAAUUUUCGGACACCUGUAUAUAUCGCCAAGUAGCAUCUUCUCAGCUCUUUCGCUAUGGAUAGUGCUUCAGACUUUGUUACGGAUAUCGUCAUGUGAAACUUGAACGCUGUUGUAACUUAUUUUUAUUUAAAUAAAAUUAAUAUCAUCAAAAUUGAAAUAUCCGUCUUAAUUAGUGCCAUCUAUCAACAAAUUAUUCAACUCCACAAACAUAACCUAACUUGUUAAGUGUCAAACGUGUAAAAACAUUUUUAUCUCGCUUUUAAUCAACAAAACUCCUUUUUAAGUAAAACAAUUUCUAAAAAAAUAUGAUGAUUAAUAUCUCGAUUAUGAUUAAUACACAACAAUCUCAGCAAAACGUAUAAAAACCUUCCAAAUCUGAUCAAUAACCAGUAAAUAACCAUCCAUCAUGGAAAAAAGUGUACCUAAAGGAGAUGUUUUGCACACAUAUUUCAACGGUGGUCCAGUUAGCAUAGAUUUAAUCGAGAAAAAUCUUUAUUUGGGUAGUCUUUCCGCAGCAACGGAUAUUCCAACAUUAAAUAAGUACGAAAUAACUCACAUUUUAACGAUAGACACCGUACCGCUCCCAAGAAACGUAUUAGAUAUUAGGAAUAUAACAAGUAAGUUUAUUCAAUUAUCUGAUCAACCAAAAGAAGAUCUUUUAUCGCAUUUCACCAAUUCGAUUGAGUUUAUCAAUAACGGUAUUUCAAAAGGAAAUGUUUUGGUUCAUUGUUAUUUUGGAGUUUCUCGCAGCGCGACCAUAAUAAUAGCUUACAUUAUGAAAAAAUAUAAUUUGAAUUAUACAGAAGCUUUAAAAAAAGUUAAAAAACGAAGAAGUAUAGUUUGCCCCAACCGUGGAUUUGUAACUCAAUUAAUAUUAUUUGAAGAGAUGUUGUAUAAAGUAAAUCCGAAUCAUUUACGUUAUAAGAAUUAUCGAUUAACUUGUGCCGCGGAUAAAGUAAAGAAAGCUAAAAUUCUCCCCCAAGAUUACCACGAUUUAAUAAAAAGAGAUCCGGGUGUCACUCAAAUCCAACCGGAACCAAACGUUUAUAGAUGUAAACGAUGUAGGAGAGUUUUAGCUGGCGAAUCUAAUUUAAUUACGCAUAAAGAAAAGAUUAGCGAUGAAAAAAUUUGUCGAAAAACGUAUUUUUUGGAGCCGUUAAGUUGGAUGAACGGAAUUACGCAAUCCGUGCAAGGAAAAUUACAUUGUCCGAAAUGUAACAAUAAAGUUGGAUCGUUCAGCUGGGUGAUGGGAUGUGCUUGUCCAUGCGGAUGUGAAGUUGCCCCCGCUUUUUAUCUUACUCCAUCCAAAAUUGAUUGGACCAAUGUUGUAAAAAAUGUUGAAAUUACCCUAUAACUUAAGAUGUAUUGUUAUUUAAGUUAAUUAAAAUGUUGUGUAAAAUAAAAUUUAUUUAUAUAAAAAUA